AUGAAAUUCUCAACCGCUGCUAUCUUAUUUGUUAUUUCUUUAACUUCUGCUACUUCAACCGAAGGUGGCUCUGUCUCCACAGAGGUCCACACUGAUACUACUGUUGCUACUGUCACCAGCUGUGCUUCUACCGUUACUGAGUGUCCAGGUAAGGUAUCCUCUUCUGUUGCUGUGCCAUCAUCGGUUGCUGCUGUUUCCACACCAGGUUCUGUUACUCAUUCGGCUUCUUCGAACACUACUAGCCCAACUAUCUCCUCAAUUGAAGGUGGUGCUGCUAUUAAUGGUGUCUCAGGUCUUAGUCUUGCUGCUUUGGCUGCCGGUUUAUUAUGUUUAUAA